CGCGCUAAGAGCGAGGUUGCCGCAGAUUGAAAAAUUUGUGAGCCUUCACUCCUCUUCGUAUUGCUUGAGACAUAUGUCGGAUGUUAACCAUUUUAUGGCUUCGAUAAAAGUGUUGACGAGCACCCAUUGUCCCAUUAUCUUGCUCCGAAGUUGAUCAGCACCAGGAAGUUGAUGAUUUACCGCCGUCGCCGCGGUAUUUGGACUGGUCCCACGCCUGCGCCAUGCAGAUGCCGGCGGCAUCACAUAAAUUUCAUCCAAGGGUCUUGAUACAUCCGCCGGUCCUCUUUUAUCAUUGUCAUCUCCUAAAGAGGGUCGCUCCGUCGGCAACGAGUUGGGUGGUGACAGUUAUCUUACGGUCCGCUCCGUGCCUCGGUUUGUUCCAGUGUCGAACACGCUGCAAUGCUGGUGCCGUUCACCUCAAGGGACAUGUUUGUGUGUUAUUCCAGAGCCAAAUUGGUGUAAAUACGCUCCAGGUCCGCGGCUUAGCGUGAUAUCAAACGCUUGAAUGACUCGGGCUGUCUGGAACUUGAGAUUGACCAGCGUACUGAUAGAUCCACGACAAGGUCAGUCUGGUCCUGCAUGGAAUGAAACGAGAUGGAUAUCGUGUCCCGAUGUUGCCGAUUGGACCCUUCAUUUCUCGGUCCUCAGAGCCACGUGUGGUGUUUCAACGGUAGGGCUUAAAAGAGAUCAUCGUGCAAUGCACUGCCGAGACUGCCUUUAGUACAUAAACUCGCGUCAAUCGUUGAACGGCAGUUGGAGGCAGUUGCUGCGUAGUAUUUGCUCCGGUUGCGCACGACCAUCGCGCUACUGUCUUUCAUCAUGAAUGAUCAAUAUACAUCUGACGAAAUUUGCCCUGUCAUUUCGCACACAGUAUCCGAGGCUAGUAGAGCAUGGUGGCGAAGAUUUGCACAAUCAACAAUAAUCCGGGGUGCUUGUCGAACUCUACGAUUAAUACGACCUUAGUUCCAUACUGUUAUUCGUUCAGUCAUGAGGCUGUAACGUCGCAGUCACACAACGGUGACAAACCGGCAGUCAAACAUAAGAUUUCCGACAUGGUUGAAGUUGACACCCUUGUCAGUCUUGGGAGUUUUGUGCCCCUGGUGUUAAACCAGGUCCCAACCUUGUUGGGCAGCGCCCAAAAAGGACCUAGUUUGCGAGCUGAAGUUACACUCGUGACUUCAUUCGAGUUGGGGAUAUGAUCUUCAGGUUGGAGAUCACCCGAACCAGGACCCUGCCCCAACUCCCAAGAGCCGAAACACAGAGUAAGCCCCCCCACCUGUCAGUUCGGCUAGGAUUGCUAGUGGUUCAGCUAGAUCCCUGCUACUGCACUCGACGUCCCGCCAAGCUGUGGACGAUUCAGACUUUAGAUAAGCCUGUCCAUCGCUGAUAUUCUUCUUCUUCAAUGCGACUCUAUAAAAUAGCCAGGAUCGCUUCGUCAGCCUGGCAUGUUGGAAGUAGAUAGCAGCGAGAUUGCACUCCAGCGUUAAGCAUCCCUGCAUAUGAUCUUUCGUGGGGUUUCAGGCACAAGACUGAAUGAGUGGCUGGCUCUCGACGUUAACCAAGAAAGACUCCAUAGGUCUCAAAACGGCGCCAAUCAAAGCCCAGUAUUGUAACUUGGGUUAAGGAAUUGAGUGCAGCAGAAGUUCCGUGUCUAAACUUUUCCAAUAUACGAGACUCGUUUGGAGGCAAUACCGAGCCACUAUGCCCCCUGGUCACGGAUAACCAAUCUUCCAUAGCUUUUAAGGAUGAAUUUGUUGAGAUCAGGCUAGCAAAUCGCUUUUUGUUUUGGUGAAACGAAAACAUAACGUCUUUUGAGAGUUGAAGUCUUCAGUCUCAAGGGCCAAAUGUUGUGAUCCUGGUCCACUAGCAGACUUCAUAGCUUGGGGCACCCGAGUCAUGCCGGUACCAAUUCCUGGUCGUUCCGCACCCAAGUAACGGAUAAACAUCAAGAUCGAG